AUGGCUGCCGCUGCAGAGGAAGGGCAGUUCUUGAAGCAAGCCACUGGCCGAAACACGCGGGGCUUGCUGCGCGUCAUCAUCCUGUGUCUGAUCGCGGGCGCCGCAGUGAGCAGUCGUCUGUUCUCCGUCAUCCGCUUCGAGUCGAUAAUCCACGAGUUCGACCCAUGGUUCAAUUUCCGUGCAACCAAAUAUCUCGUCCAGAAUGGCUUCUACAGUUUCUGGGACUGGUUCGAUGACCGAACAUGGCAUCCCCUCGGACGCGUUACGGGCGGUACCCUCUACCCUGGCCUCAUGGUGACGAGCGGCGUCAUUUACCACUUCCUCCGCGCCAUCAGCCUGCCUGUCGAUAUACGCAACAUCUGCGUCCUGCUCGCGCCCGCCUUUUCUGGCCUCACUGCGCUCGCCACGUAUCUCCUCACGUCUGAAAUGGUCACGUCGCCCUCGGCCGGUCUACUUGCUGCGGCCUUCAUGGGCAUCACUCCCGGCUAUAUUUCUCGCUCCGUGGCCGGUAGCUACGACAACGAGGCCAUUGCCAUCUUCUUGCUUGUCUUCACCUUCUACCUGUGGAUCAAGGCCGUCAAGGAGGGGUCCAUGUUCUGGGGUGCUUGCACCGCCCUCUUCUACGGUUACAUGGUCUCGGCGUGGGGAGGCUAUGUCUUCAUCACGAACCUGCUGCCGUUGCAUGCCUUUGUUCUCAUCUGCAUGGGUCGCUACAGCCCAAGACUCUAUGUCAGCUAUACGUCGUGGUACGCGCUCGGCACGCUUGCGAGCAUGCAGAUUCCCUUUGUCGGUUUCUUGCCCAUUCGCAGCAGUGAGCACAUGUCGUCCCUCGGUGUCUUCGGUCUGCUGCAGCUGGUCGCUUUCGUCGACUGGUUGCGUGCUCAGAUCCCUAGCAAGCAGUUCCAGACGUUGCUGCGCGCCCUCGUCUUGGCCAUCUUCGUCAUCUCGCUUGGCGGUCUGGUUCUGUUGACCGUCACUGGAGUCAUCGCACCCUGGAAUGGCCGAUUCUACUCGCUUUGGGACACUGGAUACGCAAAAAUUCACAUACCCAUCAUUGCCUCGGUGUCCGAACAUCAGCCCACCGCAUGGCCUGCUUUCUUCUUCGAUCUCAACAUGAUGAUUUGGCUCUUCCCCACUGGUGUCUACCUCUGCUUCCGGACAUUGACCGACGAGCAGGUCUUUAUUGUCAUCUAUGCUGUCCUGGCAAGUUACUUCGCCGGCGUCAUGGUUCGUCUCAUGCUCACUCUGACGCCCAUUGUUUGUGUCGCUUCAGCUAUUGCUUUCUCGGAAAUCCUUGACACCUAUCUAGAAGCCAAGACACCCACACUCCCUAUGAUCAAGGAAGAUGGAGCUGCAGACACCACCACAAAGGCUACUGCUGGUAGUGGACUGCGCUCGAUGCGCAACCCCAAAGUCGGUAUCUACUCGUACGCUUCCAAGCUUGCCGUUGUCGGGGCGUCUCUCGUCUAUCUGAUGCUUUUUGUUCUUCACUGCACCUGGGUCACCUCAAAUGCGUACUCUUCGCCUUCCGUGGUGCUUGCUUCCAGACUCCCCGACGGCAGCCAGCAUAUCAUCGACGACUACCGCGAGGCUUACUACUGGCUGAGGCAAAACACUCCUCAGAACGCCAAGGUCAUGGCCUGGUGGGACUAUGGAUACCAAAUCGGCGGUAUGGCUGACCGCCCAACGCUCGUUGAUAAUAACACCUGGAAUAAUACGCACAUUGCUACCGUCGGAAAGGCUAUGAGUUCCAAGGAAGAGGUUAGCUACCCCAUCAUGCGCCAGCACGAAGUCGAUUACGUUCUCGUGGUCUUCGGUGGUCUCUUGGGCUACUCUGGAGAUGACAUCAACAAAUUCCUUUGGAUGGUCCGAAUCGCCGAAGGUAUCUGGCCUGACGAGGUCAAGGAGCGCAACUUCUUCACUCAGCGUGGUGAAUACCGUGUAGAUGACCAGGCCACGCAGACGAUGAAGGAUAGCCUAAUGUACAAAAUGUCCUACUACAAUUACGGUUCACUUUUCCCGCCGGGACAAGCACAGGACCGCGUCCGUAACUCGCGCUUGCCUGCUGAGGGCCCUGAGCUCAGCACUAUUGAGGAGGCGUUUACGAGCGAGAAUUGGAUCAUUAGAAUUUACAAGGUCAAAGACCUUGAUAACUUCGGGCGUAACCACCAAAGCGCUGUUUCGUUUGACAAGGGCCAUAAGAAGAAGCGGUCUACUAGGAGGAAGGGUCCUAGGGUGCUGCGUGUUGAAUAA